AUGAAGAAUGAUGGAAAUUUUCAAUUACUAGACCAAAAUUUUGUUGUAUUAUGGGAAAGUUACAAUCAUUUUACGGACACAUUAGUUCCUGGUCAAGCAAUGGAUUUGAACACCCAUCUUUAUGCUCGACGAGGAGAAAUCAACUUUUCACGAGGAAGAUUUGAACUUUGCCUACAAGAAAGUGGGGAUGUUGUGCUCAACCUUGUAAGUUUUCCUUCAAAUGCAAACAUUAAUGCUCAAUAUGAGGCUUACUAUGAUAGUCGCACUAUUGAUCCGUAUAAAAAAUCAACAAAUGUUGGUCAGAAAUUUAUAUUUCACAAAUAUAAUUUCUUCUUAUACAUAUUGAAAAAGAACGGGUCAAGGUUUUCUAUCAUUGACAAUCAAAAUAAGACACUUUUAAAUGAUGACUUCUACUACAAAGCAACAAUCAAUUAUGAUGGAGUAUUUACUCUGUCAUAUUACCCUAAAGAUCAAAACAAUGGUAAUAGUUGGAUUGUUGCAAAGACAAUACCUGAGAACAUUUGCUUGAGUUAUAAUUUUAACAAUGGUCAAGGUGUUUGUGGAAUGAAUAGUAUUUGCAACCUUAGACAUGAUCAAAGGCCAAUGUGUACAUGUCUAAAAGGUUAUUCUCUAAUUGAUUCAUACAACAUGUAUGGUGGUUGCAAAAAGGAUUUGCCAGUCAUUUGUCAAAGUAGGCAUAAUGGUUCACAAAAGAACACGCAUAUGAUGAUGAAACUGUCCAACGUUUCUUGGCCUAAAUCUGAUUAUGAAACAUGCAAUUCUUGUACUCUUGAAGAAUGCAAGGAUUAUUGUUUGCAAGAUUGCUUAUGUGUGUUGGCUUUUUUUAAUGAAAGUUCUUGUUGGAAGAAUAACCUACCACUCUUACAUGGGAGAAAAGAGUUGGCGGUAAAAGGAAUUUAUAUCCUAAAAGUAAAUAAAACUAAUACUCCAUCGUCCCUCUCCGAUGGGAUAAAAGAUCUAGAUAAUAGUAUAACCAAAAAGAAAAAAGAUCAUAAAACUUUGAUUAUUGUGAUAUUAGUUAUUAUUGGAAUAUCUAUUUUUAUGACUUUAAGUUUUGUUGGUGCAAUAUUUUAUUGGCGCAACCAUAACAAGAUUGAAAGUAGUGUAUCAAACACAAGUGUCAUUGACAAAAAUUUGAGAGUUUUUACCUUUAAGGAAAUUACAGAAAUAACAAACAACUUUAGAGAAGAAUUAGGAAGAGGUUCUUGUAGCAUUGUAUACAAAGGAACAAUAGAUUCAGAUAUUUGUGUGGCUGUUAAAAAACUAGAUAAGUUGUUCCAAGAUAGUGAUAAAGAAUUUCAAAAUGAAAUGGAUGUGAUAAUUGAAACUCAUCAUAGAAACCUUGUUCGUCUUCAUGGAUAUUGCAGUGAGGAACAACACAGAAUUUUGGUGUAUGAGUUAAUGAGUAAUGGUACUCUAGCAAGCUUCCUUUUCACCCCUUUGAAACCAAGUUGGAACCAACGAGUUUGGAUUAUCAUUGGGAUUGCUAGGGGUCUUGUUUACUUGCAUGAGGAAUGUUGCACCCAAAUUAUCCAUUGUGACAUAAAGCCACAAAACAUACUUCUUGAUGAUGAUUACAAUGCUAAGAUUUCCGACUUUGGGUUAGCAAAACUAUUAUUGAUUAAUCAAAGUCACACAAAAACUGGAAUUAGAGGAACCAAAGGUUAUGUUGCACCAGAUUGGUUUAGGAGUGCACCGAUCACUGUUAAAGUUGAUGUUUAUAGUUUUGGUGUGUUGUUACUAGAGAUUAUAUGUUGUAGGAAAAAUGUAGAGGAUGAUAAUGUUAGUGAAGAAAAAAGGAUUUUAAUUGAUUGGGGAUAUGAUUGCUACAAGGCUGGAAAAAUGGACAUUCUUCUAGAAAGUGAAUAUGAGGUAGUAAAUGAUACGAGUAGAUUGGAAAAAUUUGUCAUGAUUUCUAUUUGGUGCACUCAAGAAGAUCCAUCUCUAAGGCCACCAAUGAAGAAGGUUUUGUUAAUGCUAGAAGGGAUCGUUGAAGUUGAAAUUCCUCCAAGUCCAUACUUGUAUGGUUCUUCUAAUUAA